UCUGAAAACAACUCGUAUCGUAAACAAGUUGCAAACUGUCGUACUUUGCUUAACUGCAGUCCGACCACUCACACGGCAGCUACCGAAAUUAAAUUUGAAAACGCUGCUGCAGAAAAAAUAAUGGCAGACGACGAAAAGUUACCGGGUGGAUGGGAGAAAAGAAUGAGCCGCAAUUCAGGCAAAGUAUACUACUUUAACCACAUCACCAAUGCCAGCCAGUGGGAACGUCCAGUGGGAGAUGGCCGUGGAGAGCCAGAUAAGGUACGCUGCUCUCACCUCCUGGUGAAGCAUAAUCAGUCACGUCGUCCAUCUUCUUGGCGGGAACAAAAUAUAACGCGAACUAAAGACGAGGCCCUGGAUCUCAUUCAGAAGUACAUAGAAGAGAUCAAAUCUGGAGAAGAGUUGUUUGAGUCCCUGGCAUCUCAGUUCAGCGACUGCAGCUCAGCUAAGAACGGCGGAGACCUGGGAUUAUUUGGCAAAGGUCAAAUGCAGAAGCCUUUUGAAGAUGCCUCCUUUGCUCUAAAAAUUGGAGACAUGAGCGGUCCUGUUUUUACUGACUCUGGAGUCCACAUCAUCCUACGCACUGGUUGAAAGGAAGAAGCCUCACACUGUACUUCCUCUUAUAUCUUCACACACACACAGUCCGACCCAUCCAGACCUAAUUUAAUUUAAUGACACACACCAACCAAUAAACAAAGUGUAUGGUCUGAAUCGCUUUAUUUUAAGCAAGAACAUUUUGUUCCAAGCACUAAGUUGUAUGAAACAUGUAAUCAUGCUGAACAUCGAGGAGUAUUGCAGAAUAUUCCUUUAAGACCUCAAGCUUUUAUUAACCAUGGCAAUGCCAUUAUAUAAAACAUGAGUGCCUGUGACUCUGUUGAAGUGAGUGCAUGUUUU